AUGCCAGUCAAGCCUCCCUCUGUGCUCUUGUCCGAGUGUCUUCAGGACAGAAACUUAACUGUCAAGUCGUCUGAUCUACUGAGGGAUGUAGACUCUGGAGACGACAAGUCGUUCAAGACUUGGAUUAUGGAGACCGUAGAUUCCAAGACCAUGCUCACCAAAGAGGAGUUGAAAUUAUAUAACUCGCUUGAGGAAAUCGGCGAGGCCAGGUUACUUGAGUCCUCGAUGGAUUUGGGACACGUGCAAGCCUUUGAAGACCUUGAUAUACAAAAUGCGACAAGGCAACUCCAGAGUUCCACGGCUGCCAUCGAUAAGCAGAAUGAAAUUCUAAAAAUUCAGCAAGCUGCUGUGUCAACGCUGGCCGCGACAGAAUCACAGCAACGGCAGUGCAGGUCUAUAGCAAAUUCCGUGCAGCACAGGUUGUGGAAAGAGGCGCUAGACCAAGUCAAUGCCGAAGUUGAAGAAGCAGCCAGUGCGCUGUCAGAACAUGUCAGCAGCAAUAAGGCACAAUGUGCCGCGGCGGACGCAGCGUUAAUCCAGCAGUCAACUAACCUAUUACGAUCCGACGACAAAAUCAUUUCUAGCCUUCAGAAGCUAUCGAGGACAUUGCAGUAUGGGAUGUUGCCAGAAAACGAUACGUUCGAACAGAUACGGAAGCUUUGUACCAGUCUCAUAAAGUAUACAGUGGAGGGUGUCCGGCUACGCCUUGACCGGGCCUAUAUUGAGGCCUUGGGUGCGCAUCAAGUGGAGAAAAAGUACACUCCUCAAAACGAACGGGAGGUUAUGGAACUUCAAGCCGAGCUGGACUCCCUGUACUCCGAGAUUCUUCCCGUCGCGCAGAUGUCUGCAGAACAGCGAUACCUUGACUGUGCGGUUCGAGCUAUUGCCUCUCAAGACAAACAAGGACUUGAGAAGUCAAAAACGAUUAUAGAAUAUAUUUCCGAAUCCACCACCUUUCUCAUCGAUCGCGCUGAGGUCUUCAAGCGUCACGUGGAAGCUUACCAGAGUCACAUUGCAACAUUAAACGCUGUCGUGAAACUCCUCAGCUCAGAGAUAAAUUCCGUGAACGCCUCUCGGCCCAAAAAACCCGAACAGCCCCGAAGUUCGCUCCAGUCCAGAAACCACAAGCCUGCCCCACCCAGUCUAUCCCGAGCUGCUCACCGUCGCCGUUCAUCCGCCUCCUCAUUCGACGAAAGCGCCCCCCCAGACCAACAAAUCCUCCGAAUAAUGGGAAUCCCACCACUCGAGGAGUUGUGUCGCGACCGUGCCCCAGAGGCUGUCCUCCACGAAACCCUCAGCGACAAAAUCCAGAAGCUAAAGGCACAUGAACAGGGCUUGCAGGCGUCGGCUGAAUCCGCCAUUGGAGAUCACCUACAGGAUGCAUUUGCAACGCUGCAAUUGCUCAGCGAUACGAUACUAAGUGAGACCAAGUAUCAGGAAAUCCGGCUCCUCGAUGAGGAAGUCCAGGAAGCAAUAUCAGGGCUAGACCAGGAAUUGGCCGAUUUAUCAAGUCACCUGCAAACUCUCGAUUUUGAGAGGCUAAAGGAGCGUAAUUCUCAUAAGGAAGCCUUUAUCGAAAGAUGGGGCCAUUAG